GUAUUUCGUUUUUUCGCAGCCCCUGACUCUGACUCUGUGAUUUUCGUGAAGGAGCAACAUGCUAAGAAAACGGAGCCCUCGAGUGUCCCGUACUUCCAUGCAGAGCUGUGGAUUAAAGAGCUGACCAGUCUGUAUGAUUCCCGCGCUCGUGGGAGACGGAGGCUGAUUGAGGAGCAGGAGGGGCUGACCCUGCAGCUACAGAAACAGCGCCUGGUCGAGGAGGGCAGGCCGAGUCAGGGGUCCGUUGAGCUCAGACUCCGUGUUCCCCUGGAGAAGGAGGUUCCCGUGGUAACCGUCGUCAAGGAGCUCAAGCCUGAGCCAAUCGGAGAAGAGGAGUUCCCGCCGCUGACUGAGGCGAUGGAGGAGGAGGUGCGGCGCGCGCUGCAGGGGGGUCACCAGGACGAGGUGCUGAGCGAGGGGUUCCGCUUGACCGUCACACGAAAGGACAUGCAGACACUGAGCCACCUCAACUGGCUCAACGACGAGGUGAUUAAUUUCUACAUGAACCUGCUGGCAGAGCGCAGCAAGCGGCCCGGCCUGCCCAGGGUGCACGCCUUCAACACCUUCUUCUACCCCAAAGUGCGCAGCGCCGGCUACAGCGCAGUGCGACGCUGGACCAAGAAGGUGGACGUCUUCACCAUGGACAUCCUGCUGGUCCCCGUCCACCUGGGCGUGCACUGGUGUCUCGCGGUCGUGGAUUUGCGGAAGAAAUCCAUCUGUUAUUUUGACUCUAUGGGCGGGACCAAUGACGAGGCCUGCAGGAUAUUGCUGCAGUACCUGAAGCAGGAGAGCCAGGACAAGAGGAACACUGCCCUGGAUCUGAGCGGCUGGGAGCUGCAGUGCAGGAGACGAAACGAAAUCCCCCAGCAGAUGAAUGGGAGCGACUGUGGAAUGUUCACCUGUAAAUACGCUGAUUACAUCACCAAAGACAAGCCAAUCACAUUCACACAGAAACACAUGCCCUAUUUUCGUCGGAGAAUGGUCUGGGAGAUUUUGAACCAGAAGCUUUUGUGAUCCAGGGCAGAAGCCUGGGAGAGAGAGAGAGAGAGUGUCUCAUGGAGGUCAGAGGAGACCACUGGCAUGCCGGAGGGACAGACCAAGAGACAUGACUGCACUGGACCAGCAAGCAGCCCGUCUCAGCACAGACACUAAUCUCGCUGGCUCAGACAGGCAGCCCCUCUCAGCACAGACGCUAAUCUCGUGACCCCAGGCAGAGCGUGGGGGCUUGGAGCUUUCAUCCCUCGUAUUAACGAUCGAGACACCAGCAUGAUCACAUAAUGCACAUUGUAUUUAUCAGAACACUUGCAGGGUUUCUCUGUGUUCUGUACCCGGCAUUCAUUCUGCAAGGAGGUGAAUUGGGUAGAAGAGGCAUCUGAAACACACCCGAAAUUUGUCAAGCUGGAUUGCAGAGUUUGAAACAAGCAUGAAUAUAAUUUAGGUAGCCUUAUUUUGGAACAAAAAAAUCGUCUGAUGUCCAAGAACUUUGAGAAGUUCUGAACCAGCACUGAUGUGUAAUAAUAAUAAUAAUAAUAAUAAUAGUUAUUUUUUAUCUCUUAAUGUUUUGUAUGCCAGCCCGAUAAAUGCGUCCGCACAGCAUUAAUCUCAAAGUGACUCUGGAGCUGUGAGCGCACAGUUCUGCGUGAUUCGUUUAUUUGAGCCGAGCUGCACAUUCUCUGUGGUAAAUAAUCCAGCAGAGCGGUCGCAGUUGCAGCUUCUGAACAGCAGGGGUGUCAAGUGUAACCCUAUUUAAGGUCCAAGGGACACGAUGCUAACUUGCUUCUCGUUGCAGUGAGGUUUUGCAGGAAGGGUUGAACAUGUACUGACGGGUCGGACCCGGGCCAGUGUCCUCCUCGUGAGGCUCGAGUCGCUCUCUCAUGUGUUUUAAGAAGCCGUUUUGAACAGCGAGCGCUCGAUUCUUUGUGUACCUGAAGGGGUUAAACUCUGUUUUCCUUUAGAGGGGGGCGGGAAUCUCCAGUCCUGGAGGGAAUGACGUGUUCAGUAGGACGCGUUUCAAUUUACAGGUACCGUAGAGGACGGGUAUGGGCAACCCAGAUGGAAACAGGUUUCAGUUAUUAACAACAUUCUCAGGAACCAAUCCCGUCUCGUAGAUACUGAUUGACAGCUGCCAAUCCCAUCUCGCAGCUGCACGUCGCUGAUUGACAGCUGCCAAUCCCAUCUCAUAGAUACGGGUGUUAAUCAGGCGGCAUCUGCUGUGUAUAUAAAACAUGCCGAGGCCUGGAGGGAAGAGUUAAAAUGAGUCCCGUUCAUGAAAUAGUCAGACCGCUGCAGUAACGGAGAGCUCGGGGUGUAUCGGGAGCCGAGUCGGACACGCCUGCGGGUCAGGAGCACUGCCCGCCCCGCAGUGAGGGGGUCGAGGGGAGGCGCACGGUGGGUGAGCUCGACCCCGGCUCUGUAAUUUGUACAGGAAUGAGGUCAUGCUGUAGGGCAGCGGGUUUGAGUGUCGGGGUCGCUCCCAGUUCCUUUUAAAAAUCUCUUCCCAAUUGCACCUCCCAUUCCACGAACAUCAAAGGAAUUGGAAUUGGGAAUUGAUUGAACUGGAAUUGGGGGGUAUUAAUAAUUAAUUUAUUAUUAUAUAUUUUUAAACCAUGGCCACUUUUUUCAACCCAUCGCCUUGUUCCAGUUCCCCCGUUUGAAAGGAACCCUUUCUCAUGUUCUGGUUUUAAUAUUAUUAUUAUUAUUAUUAUUAUUAUUAUUAUUAUUAU